AUGAGCCUGACACACCAUGAGAGCAACCUAUACGAGCAGUCACUAAAAAUCACGAAGAAGAUAAAGGAGAAAAUUACAAACCGGAAGGGAUUCAAGGAGGACUUCAAACAGGUCAAGGUGAAAUCUGUGCCGUACAAAUACCUGCAGCGUAAUUACAAAACGAUAUGUAUGUCUGUGGGGUGUUGCAUCAACACGUUCCUCUACUUUAGCUUUUGCUUCAUCCUCAACAGGAUAAUUGAGCGUGUCCUGUUUGCUGCUCUGUCCAGGGUGUCUGAGUAUGAUUAUACCAAGGGAUUGGUGGGGGGGUCCGUCAAGGCCACGGUUAUCCUGUUCCUGUGGUUCCGGCACUGCUCGGGUGGCUACGACGGCGACCCCUUUUUUCACUUUUUCAAGAGCAGGCUUAAUCUGAUUGGAAGGGGCGAAGCGAAGGUCAUAUUCGUGUCUAACCUGGUCGGGACGCUGCUCUACCUCGGAGUGAUGAAAUUGCUUGUAGGGCAAGGCCCGCCGUCGUCCAUCAGCGCUACCAUACUAGAGAGGAUACAAAAUGGGCAGGUCACAAACAGCAGAUCGCUCCUCACCUCUUUUUUGUUCCCCCAACUACCAGCUGUAGUGAAGAAUGCCCUUGUGCAGCUGAUCAUACUAACAUGUCCUCACGUGAGCAGCGGCAGCAAGUAUUCGAAUAAAACCUUUUUCAACAACAUGGACCUAUACUCUUCCAUUGUGAUGGACACAUAUUUGAAUGAAAUGAUUUGCUCCUUUUUGAAUUACGUCUUACUGUAUAUUUAUUUGUUCACGAAGGAUAAUUUACCUUACCAGUUAGAAAUUAACCUCCUCUUAACUCAAAUCGUUUUACUCUUUUCUGCUAGAUGCUACAACAUUGUGAGUGGUCCUUUUAUGAGUCUGAGUUGGAUCUUAAAUGAAGCCUUUUCAAUGAGGUAUCAUUUUGUCUUUUCUCUUUUUUUAAUUAUUUUUCAUUAUUUGGGUUAUAAGUUAGCUAGCUAUUUUUUGGGACCACCCAAUCUGUCCCUAGUAGAUGCAGCCACUUAUUACAAAAAUGUUAAGCAGGAGACGCUUCAAAAAAAUUUGAACAGUGCAACGGGGCGAGUAAACAUCUCUCGUGUGCCCAAUGAUAGCGUGGCGCCAAGUGAAGUCGAGGACACAUACCUGGGACGCUUCUUUCAGAGGUGCUUCCUGUGGUGCGGGGUCCCUACCUCAGGGAAGAAAACGGCCUAA